ACCUCCUCUCACCUCACCUCACUUCACUGCUCAACGUCGCACAUAUUUUCGACCUCUCCUCUGCUCCGUCCGACACAUCAAGGCAUUCCCGUUGUGUCUUUUCUCCGGUUUCGUGCGCAUCUGUUGAACGACGUGACAAGCGUAUUGUGAUCACCUCCCCAGCGACUAGCUCGUGUAUUGUGUGGCGUCGAUUGUGACACCAGGGCAACAAUGAUGGUUACAGCGAGGGGUAGACUCGUACUCAAGGAAAACACUCCAUAAGGAGCGUGGGGAAAGAGCAUGCAUGGCCACGCCUUCCAUAUACGGCACCUCGCCAGUUGAACUGGAUUUAGAGUUAUUCACAACAGUCAUCGCCGAUCACGCCCACCCUGAAUCACCUUCUGAGUCCUUCAGUACUUAAAUAUCCUCAACAAUCAUUAGAACUUUUGACCUUCACUUCUAACAUCUGCCACGAUGUCUUCUUUCUCUCAACCUCCGCCGCCACCCCACGCUAAGAAGCGCCUUAUUCUCUGCUGCGAUGGGACUUGGAUGGACAGUGAUGAUGGCUUCCAGAAACCAACCCUGAUUCCAUAUGUCCCUACCGGCUCUCUGCAAGUUCCUUCAAACGUCACUCGGAUCGGCCACGCGCUCAAAAGAGUUGGGCUUGAUGGCUGUCCCCAGAUUAUCUACUAUCACUCUGGCGUUGGUUCGGGCUCGUCGGUGAUUGAUGCAAUCUCCGGUGGGUUGAUGGGAACCGGUAUCUCGGAAAACAUUCGAGAAGUUUACAGCUUCAUAACGGCCAAUUACACCCCUGGUGAUGAAAUCAUUCUCAUUGGAUUCAGUCGGGGAGCUUUUACCGCACGAAGUGUCGCUGGUAUGAUUAAUGAUAUCGGCCUCUUGACGCGCGAUGGCAUGAACGAUUUUUAUCCGAUUUUCAAGGACCAGGAAAAUUUCAAGAAUGACAGGUACCACGACAUAUUCCCCACCAUUCCAUUUGCAGAUAAGCCAUUCGGCCCAGAUGCUGAGAUUGAAUACAAGGAACGACUCGAGAAGGAUGGUCUCACCAGAGUCUAUGAUCCAGACGGACGAAAAAUCAGAGUCCAAGCGGUUGCAGUUUGGGAUACAGUGGGGUCUUUGGGCAUACCUCAGAUCUCCAUCCUCGCAAAGCUUGGCCUACCUCAUUCUACGAAAGAGUACAAAUUUUAUGACACGAAUUUGACAGAUAAUAUUCUCCACGCGUUCCAAGCUUUAGCUUUAGAUGAGCAUCGAGCUCCAUUCAAUGCAGCUGUGUGGGAACGGAAGGAUCAUAAAGAUCUAGUAACAACAGACUUGCGGCAAUGUUGGUUUCCAGGUGCCCAUGCAAAUUGCGGCGGAGGAUACGAUGACCAGGAGGUAGCUAAUAUAUCUCUGGCAUGGAUGAUGGAUCAACUCGCUUCAAUAGGAGUGGCAUUCCAGGACGAUUUCAUUGAUAAGAUUUUCGAGCAGAACAUACAGUAUUACGAGGAUCCUCCCAAAACUCCCAAAACUCUUUCGAGCUUCUUCAGCCGUUCUCCAGACAAACAAUGGGCCAUCACUUCCGUUUAUGAGAAGCACAAGCCGAUUCGUCCAUGGGGAUUGGGCAAGAUAUGGAAUUCUGAAACGGGCCUGUAUCGCAUUACUGGAACAAAAUGGCGGACUCCAGGCUUGAAUACACGCGCUGAUCCAGACACGGGGAUGCCAACUAAUGUGCUUAUGCGGAACACAAAUGAGAGGAUUCAUAGCUGCGUUCGAGUUAGAUUGGACCUUGGUGGGCUCGGUCUCGACGAUAAUGGCCUGUACAAAUGCCAUGCAUUGUUAGAUCGGGGAUGGGCUUUGACAGAGAUGCGCAUCAACGUGCAUGAUCCCAUUCCGUGGAACGCUUCUUGGGGUCCAACCGUACCUCCUGCCGAUGGACCGCCAGACGAUGUCCGUUGGGUGUGGGAAUAUCAAGGGCCUGAACGAUUGGCUCCACGAGAACGCAUAAUGAUAGAGGAGCCUCUCGGUCCCUACGAACGAAAGCUGUUGCUGCUGAAUAAAGGUAGUUUUCAUAAUUCUUCUAACAUACGUGCGGACACUACAGGGGAGCAAGUUGAUGAUUGUGUGGUUUGCAAUUGAAUGCUCUUCGAACGAGCUGUCCUUGCUUCACGCCACGGUUGCUCUCGCAUAGCUGUGAUAAUCAACUUGCGUGGCAGGAUGGUAGAUUGCAUAGUUGAACCCAACAUUCAUUCUCUGUAGCCUUCUCCGUAUAGUAUGCACGACGUGAAGCGUGAACCUAAGCUGAUCAAUUUA